AUGUCUGCGGCGACGAAUGCGUCACAAGACAGGCAGCCAACCUCGCCAAAAUGGACCCGGAGCAAGAAAGAUCAGGAGGAUCUCGAUGCCAUAGAUGCUGCGGUCGUGCGCAUGCAGAAAGUCACCAGAGCCGAUCCAUACAUUCUGAGCAUACCGCAAGAUGUGGAACCGUAUAGACACUCCUACAAGGCGCAAAUCGAACAAUGGCGCUACUACACUCCAUUCAAGAUUGAUGAUCGUGAGGACGAGAGUAUUCAAUAUCAGACUUUUGUCUAUCACGAGCCCGGCACAGAUAUGUGGGAGCUGCGAAACAACCGCGCUGAAGAGGCGUCCACGAACGAGACUGCCGAUAAGACGAGGCCUGGAACUGGCGCGAACACUCCAAAUGGCGCGCCGAAGAAGAAGAUCAGCCUGCUUGACUACAAGAAGAACAAAUCAGGCGGGACUACCACCCCCGAGCUCAAGGGUGCAAAAGGUGCUGAUGCGCCAGCAAGGCAGCCAGCUGUGAAGGGGCCCAUUGAGCGGGUCAAGGCCGAGGAUGACGAGAUACUUGCUACAGUAGCUGAGGUUGAGAGUGAAGGAACUGCGGCGGUGAAAGAUACGCUUAGACCGCAGAACGAGCUGAAGCGCAAGAGGGAGCAAGAAACAACGAAGCCGAAGCAUGAGCAGGAGCUGAAGAAGGCGGAGGUGAAGGUGAAUGGGGACACACCUGCUGCGAAGAAAGCGAAGACUUCAGAUGUCACUCCCUCGAAACAGCAGAAGCCCGAUACUGCGCGGCGGAAAGAUGAAACGACUUCACGGGCGCCCGUCAGGACGAAGAAGGAAAGCCAGGCGCAGGAGACCAGUCUGCCACCGCGAUUAUCGCCACUACAGCCACCUGGCAUGCCAGAAAGACUUUCCCCACUGCAGACAAUGGUACCAGAGGAACCGCCUGCAAAGAUCUCGUCUAUGAAGAUACUGUCGCCAACCAUUCCCGGCAAUGUGGCGAAGGCAUUAGAAGCUCGUUCAUCCGCAUCCAACUCUACGACGAAGAAGAACGACAAGCUGACGCCUCUGAAGAAGGCUGAGGUUGUAACGAAACACAAGUCACCCGUGCCACGCAAUGGCUUUCGUGCUACAUCCAGCUCACCUGCUGUGCGUUCAGACGUCGAGGAGAAAGGUCGAGCAAAGACUUCUGCGCCGCGCGCGAAAAGCCCGGAGCAUUCGCAGAGUGACGAUGCUGCUACGAAUAUCACGGUUUCUACCAAGAAGCUGAAGCCACCAGCCAAGGCAAGUUUGAUGGUCAAGAUCAAAUACAAGAAGGCGCGGCGAGACGACAUCGCACGGAUCUUGAAGAUGCGACCCAGACCUGACAAGAGCAUGUCUGCGCAGCACGCACUUGUUUCAUCCACAGAAGCUGCGAAGGCGCCUGUCAAGACAGUGGGGGCUUCGAAACUCAACGGCGAGCAGAAAGACGCGACCCCUGCCAAGGGCGUAGCUCAGAAGGUAGGACCUGCUAAAAAGGACAAGAUCGAGAAGAAAGAUCAAAGGCCGGUGCAACCUCAGGAGGAGAAGCGACCAGCUGCAGAGAAACGGCCACUUCCCGAAGACACGAACGGCGAAUCCGCUGCGAAACGAAAGAAGACAGAUCAGUCAAACACGCGAAAGGCACCUUCGACACCAGCGCAACGCGAACUUGACUCGCAAUUCCAGCCUAAAUCUGGACCUCAAGCAACGCCGAGCACACGCAAAGGUCUGCUUUCCACAUCGAUGCAGCGUUCACAGUCUCAGGACAGCAAUGGCAAUCAUGCUACUCCUCCGGAGCUAUCGAAUACGCCUGGUAAUAGUGGGCAAGUGAACGGAACGUCUAACAGGCCACCUUCUAGCCAGCCUGUCAAGACGGAAGCGCAGGUGGCCUGGGAGACCGAGCAGAAACGUUUGGAGACCAUGGGCAGAGACCUUAAGCGGGCUGCCAGCUCUCUCCUCAAUACUGAGAACUCGAGUCAAAGGGACAAGAAGGUUGCGGCGGCCCAGACCGUGGAGUCUCUGAUUUGCUACCUUCUAGCUUUCACUUGCGCUGACGAGUCCAGCUUGGCUGCCAAUCCAAAGCGUCCUGCACAACACAGGAAUUGGCAGAGCCUCACUGGCCUCUACCAUCUGACCAAGCGUUCCUGCCUGGCAUACGCUCCACUUCGCGGCGUAACGGCAGGUCUGGGUUUGUCGUACAGUUCAAGGAUCCUCGCAAUCAGUGCCGAACGUCCAAAGGACAAUGCCCAUCCUGCCAUACCCCUUGAGGUGCUUCAAGAAGCCAUCAUGGUACAGGAGAAGGCAGGUCGCUUGUGGGAGGAUGAGUUUCCUGACGUGAAGGCUAUUGAGACGAUGUUUCCAUCUGCCUGGCGGGCACAUUCAGAGAAAGCCCUCAACAGCGAGGUAUUGAAGCCAAGCGCCCUUGCUGGACCAUACAAGUUGCCAAUUCUGCUCUCGACCAAGCCAUACUUGGCUGCCAGGGCUGGAUACGCGAUGUUGAAGGAGUGGACCGUGAAGGAGAAUCUUCAAUACACCUUCCAGCUGGAGCUCACUGCUUGA